AUGCAGCAAAAGAUAACAGUCAAUUUAGCAGUGAAUACGGAAAGAUGUCGUCAAAUGGCUAUGAACAUUGCAGUGUCUAUUGCAGGGGUUAUAUCGGUGGAUGUAGAUAGGGAUAAAAAUGAAAUGGAAGUGGUGGGAGUAGGGGUUGAUUCGUAUGCUUUGAUGAAAUGCCUAAAGAAGAAAUUCAAGUGCGCCAGGAUCUUGAGCAUUCAAGAAGUCAAACCACCGGUCAUCGAUGACCCCCCAAUCAAAACCCCAUCGCCACCGCACUAUUGCUGCGACCCAUGCGGCGGCGGCGGCGGCGUUCAGUACUACCCGAUAUGCCAACCAGUUUACGACUACAAUCCACCCGCAAGUUGCUCCGUUAUGUAG